AUGUUUUUUUGGUUUUUUGAAUCUCGUAAAAAUCCCAAAAAUUCUCCAUUAACAAUAUGGCUUAGUGGUGGGCCCGGUGAUUCUUCAAUGUUUGCGUUGUUUCAAGAGGUUGGUCCAUGCAAGGUAAAAAGAAAUAUGAACAAAAGCAGAUUGGCUGCAAAUAGUUGGAAUGAAGUGACAAAUUUGCUGUUUAUUGAUCAGCCAAUUGGUACUGGAUUUUCAUAUGGGACACGUAUGGUGAAUACAUCAGAACAAGCAGCUUUGGAUGUAUAUGAAUUCUUACAAAGAUUUUUUAUAAUGUUUCCAAAGUAUGCAACUUUGGAUUUACAUCUUUUUAGUGAAUCUUAUGGUGGUCAUUAUGUUCCAACUAUAGCUAAACUUAUUGUAGAAAAUAAUAAUCUUCUCAAAUCUGGCAAGAUAAAAGAUAUAAUACCAAUUAAUUUAAAGUCUUGUGGGAUUGGAAGUGCUUGGGUUGAUCCUAUUAUUCAAAUAAGAUCUUAUAUCAAUUUUGCAGAGAAUAAUACAUACAAACCUUUAUUAGGUCCACAGCUUAUCGAGGCGAUGCAUGAUACAUGGACACUAUGCCAAUAUACUAUUAACGAAUGUUAUCAAACCAACACGACACAUGAUUGCGUCGCUGCAAAUAUAACUUGCUGGGAGGGUUAUAAUGGGAUAUAUACUCAAAACGCUGAUGCUGGCCUUUAUGAUAUUCGCACAAAAAAUGACCAUCCAGUUCCUACGUAUACAAAAUACUUGGAAAACCCCUUUGUUUUAAAAUCAAUUGGCGUUAAUACUACUGCGAUAUCAAAAUAUUUAGAAUAUAAUGAAGCAAUUUAUUUUAGAUUUACAGAUUCUGGUGACGUGAUACAUUCCACAAUGUCUCAAGUAGAAUUUCUUCUUGACAAUGAUGUGCCGAUAAUGUUCUUCACCGGAGAUGCUGAUUAUAUUUGCAACUGGUUGGGUGGCAAUGAAAUGGCUGAAUCAUUGAAGUGGAAGCGUCGCAAAGAGUUUAAUAAUGCUGUGUUCCAAGAAUGGACAGUGGGUGGAGUAAAAGUUGGCGAGAUCAGAAAAGUUAAAAAUUUAUGGUUUGUUAAAGUCUUUGAAUCUGGGCAUUUUAUACCACAUGAUCAACCAAGGAAUUCAUUAGAGUUGUUUAAAAUGUGGAUUCGAAGUUUGUAA